ACAUUAGAAAAUGAACUUUGAAGUUACACACUAAGAAAACCCAUCAAGUUGCAUAACUACAUUUGGAAAAGAUAAGAGAAAACCAAAGGAUACAAAAAUAUAGGUUGUGCAGUUGAUCUGGUCUAAAACAGUUGGCUCAACCAGUUGGCCAAGGAGCUCCAUAACUGUCCACUCAUGGCUACUAAUUCUUCACCUCUGAUCUUUUCCAUGUUCAUAUGCUCUGCUAGGAUCCAUUGUGCCUCACGAUGCUGGUGUGGUCGCCAAGUUGAGGAGAGCCGGAGCUAUCAUUCUUGGAAAGGCUAGCUUGAGCGAGUGGGCACAUUGGAGGAGCAGGAGUUCACCCCUUGGGUGGUGCGCUAGGAGUGGCUAUGGAAAGGUGGGCUAUGGAACAUUUACAACCUUGAAAUGCUAAAACAGAAUAAUCAAAACAAAGUAAUAAUAUUGUCACCUGAUAAACUGCAGAAUCCUUAUAAUUUUUCAGCAGAACCUUGUGGGUCAAGUAGUGGAUCGGCAAUUUCAACAGCAGCAAAUAUGGUAGCAGUAUCACUUGGGACAGAGACUGAUGGCUCCAUCUUAUGCCCGUCCUUUCUUAAUUCCAUUGUUGGUAUCAAACCAACUGUUGGCCUUACCAGCCGAGCAGGAGUCAUCCCUAUCACUCCUAGACAAGAUACUGUUGGGUGGGUAAUCAUCUUCAAGAUCUUGGAUUUUUUAUGUUUUCUUGUUCCUGACUCCUGCAUAACACUAAAAGAGGAAUCAUUCCUGCCCCUUGAAUUUAAACAGGCCAAUGUGCAGAACAGUAGCAGAUGCAGCUUAUGUUCUUGACGCCAUUGCAGGACUUGAUUACAAUGAUAAGGCAACCAUUGAAGCAUCAAAAUACAUCCCGCAAGGUGGCUACAAACAAUUUUUAAAGCUUGAUGGACUCAAAAGGAAGAGAUUAGGCAUACUUAGGAGUGAAUUUGCUUUUGACAAAGAAUCUAUCCCAGCCAAAACUUAUGAGCAACACUUCAAGACUUUAAGGCAAGCAGGUGCAGUUUUGAUAGACAAUCUGGAAGUAAAGCACAAAGAUAUACUCACAUCAAACUAUGAAGAUAUUGCAAUAAAUGCUGAGUUUAAAUCGGCCUUGAAUUCUUACCUGAAUCAGCUUGUUAAAUCUCCAGUGAGAUCCUUGAAAGAUGUCAUAGCAUUCAACAACAGAAACCCAGGUUUGGAAAAAAUGAAGGAAUAUGGUCAAGAUCAUUUUAUGGAAGCUGAACCUACACACGGGAUACAUGAGAAAGAGAGGGAAGCAUUGUCAAAGUUAGAAAUAUACUCAAAAUAUGGAUUUGAGAAGCUGAUCGAGAACAACAAGCUGGAUGCAUUGGUGGCGCCCUUUAUAUCUCACUAUAUUGCAUCUGGUGGAUAUCCAGGAAUUACUGUCCCUGCUGGAUAUGAUAUUGGCGGAAUACCCUUUGGAAUCAACUUUGCAGGGCUAAAAGGCUCAGAGCCAACACUGAUUGAGAUUGCAUACAGCUUUGAGCAAGCCACUAAGGUCAGGAGGCCUCCAUUCUAGCUGCAAAGCUCUGAAAUUCUAAUGGGUGAUAGCUAAUAACUUAAAAAUUAUCAGUGUUCAACGAUCAAUAAAGCUGGAAAAUGUUAAAUCCAUAUAUUAUGAAUAAAUUUUGCACCUUGCUAAAAAAUGAAACAGAAGUUAGUAUCACUAACCAAGUAGCCAUAUCAAUAGAAUUCCCCAAGGUGAAAGUUUGAGGCAAUUUCUCUAUGGGACAUUUUCUCAAACACCUAAUAGACAGAAAGUUUGAAUGAUAGAUUAAUCCCUAUGGCUUCUGCCAACUACCAAUACCCUAAAUAUAAUACACUUAAACCGAUCCCAUAAUAUGAUAUAACUUAGAAUUUUAUUUUCACGAUUAAGUCCAAUCCUCUUAAUUAAAAAUUUAAGGGGAAAAAAAAAUUCAAGAUGCACCUUUUAUAGUAGUAGAAGAUGCAAUCUAAUGAUUACAGCUUUGAGCAAGCCACUAAGGUCAGGAGGCUUCCGCCUCUAUUCUAGCCGUAUAAUUCAAACAUACAUGGAGCAAGUUUUGGUUUUUCCUAUACAAUGAAAUCCUGUUUGUGGCAUUUUCUCAAACACUUGCUAGGCAGAAAGUUGAACGACGAAAAUCCAGACAAACUGAUCCUACAGCGCACGGAAACUAGUAUUCAUACAAAAAAAGCCAAUUUAAGAAACUAACAAUCGCUUAGUGAAAUCAUGAUGCCCAGAGAAUUUUGCUUAAUCCCACUCCACCGAAAUAUUGUAUACAUCUACUAUUAGACGUGCACAAAAAAAGAAUUUGGCAAGAAAAAGUUGUUGCUCAU